GCGAGCGUCGCUCACUCCGGCGAUCCGCCGCCCGUACCGCACCAGAGGACGAGCACUCCAUGGCGCCUCCCCUACCGGCCAAGGAGGCCACGCUCUUCAAGGCCAUCGUCAAGCACUACGAGCUCAAGAGCUACAAGAAGGGGCUGCGUGCCGCCGACCAGGUGCUCAAGAAGUUCCCGGAGCACGGCGAGACGAUCGCGAUGAAGGUCAACUGCUUGGAAAAAAAGGGGGGGGGGUUCGCCCUCUUUCGCAAGGGGUUAAAGCUCGACAUCAAGUCGCAGGUCUGCUGGCACGUGUACGGCCUUCUCUACCGCUCCGACCGCGAGUACGCGCAGGCCAUCAAGUGCUACCGCGGCGCGCUGCGGCACGAGCCAGACAACGUCAAGAUCCUACGCGACCUUUCGAUGCUCCAGAUCCAGCUCCGGCUGCUGCCGGGCUUCCUCGAGACGCGCCAGAAGCUUCUCACGAUGAAGCCGACCAACCGGAUGCACUGGUUCACGUUCGCGGUGGCGCUUCACCUUGUCGGCCGGUACGAUGAGGCGGUGGGCGUGGUGGAGGCGUACGAGAGGACGCUGGAGGGGUCCGACGAGCCCUCCAAGGAGCCGUACGAGUACAGCGAGAUGCUGCUGUACAAGAACACGCUCUACGAGGAGGCGGGGCAGCCGCAGAAGGCGCUCGACGACCUCGACGCAAUCAAAGAGAAGGUAGCGGACCGCACCGGCUGGCGCGAGCGGCGCGCCGCGCUGCUUCUCGCCGUCGGCCGGCACGGCGAGGCGGGCGAGGAGUACCUCGCGCUGCUGAAGCGCAACCCGGAGCACUUCGGGUGGCACGCGGGGCUGCAGGCGGCCGAGCUGCAGACGGCGACCCCGACCGAGCGGUGGCUGAGCGCGGAGGUGACGGCGGAGGCGGAGGCGACGCUGGCCGCGCUGUACAGCAAGCUGCAAAAGGCCUACCCGAAGAGCCAGGCGUGCAUGCGGCUGCCGCCAGCGUGCAUGCGGCUGCCUCUCGACUUCACGCGCUCGCCGCCCGCCUUCGCCGCCGCCCUGGACGCGUACGCGCGCAGCUACGUGCGCAAGGGCGUGCCGUCGCUGUUCGCAGACCUGAAGCCGCUCUGCGCCGAGGGCGCGUGGUCGCGUGUGCUCUUCGGCGAGGUCGUGGCGGGGUGGGUGGGCGCGCUGGAGGCGACGGGCGCCUUCCCGGACACUUGCGAGAAGGAGCCCCCGUCGACGCUGAUGUGGGCGCGCGCGCGCGUGUACAAGCACGCCGGCCACGCCUCCGCCGCUGCUCGUUGGAUGGAGGAGGCGCGCAAGAUGGACCUCGCCGACCGGUGCGUCUGGUUUGAGCUCGAGCUGGCGGCGUCCUACCUGCGCACGGGCGACUACGGCCGCGCGCUCAAGAACUUCGCGCACGUGGAGCAGCACUUUGCAGACAUUGGCGAGGACCAGUUCGACUUCCACACCUACUGCGUGCGCAAGAUGACCCUCCGCGAGUACGUCAAGAUGGUCCGCUUCGAGGACACGCUGCACGGCCACGCCUUCUACGUGACCGCCGCGUGCGGCAUCAUCGACACCUACCUCCGCACCCGCGACUGCAUCGUCGACACCUACCUCCGCAUCGUGGCGAAGCCGGCGCGCGACGCGGCGGCCGCCGCCGCGGAGGAAGCCGGCGGCGGGCUGAGCGUGCAGGAGCGGAAGAAGGCCGAGUCCAAGCGGCGCAAGGCGGAGGCAAAGGCGAAGGCGGAGGCGGAGGCGCAGGCGAAGCGCGACGCGGACGCCAAGGGCAAGGACGGCAAGGGCGGCAAGAAGGGGGGCGGCAAGGAGAAGCCGCCCGACGACGACCCCUACGGCGAGGCGCUCGCGUCGGUCGAGGCGCCGCUGGCCAAGGCGGCGGGCUACAUGCGGACGCUGCUGCUCCACGCGCCGGCGGAGCUGCGCGUGCAGGUGCUCGCCUGUCAGCUGGCCAUGGCGCGCUCAAAGCCGCUGCUCGCGUUGCGCGCGCUGCGAAAGGCGCUCUCGCUCGGCGCCGCGGACGCGCAGGCCAGCCUAGCGGUGUGCAAGGAGGCCCUCGCCCUCCUCGAGCCCGGAGGCGCGCUCGCGGACGCCGCUGCCGCCGCCGCCUUCCGACAAAAGGCGGUGGCGCGGUUCCCGCACGCGCCGGCCUUCGGCGGCGGCAGCGGCGACGAGCCUCCCCCGCCGCCGAGCGGAGAGUGAGCGCGCGGCGGGCGGGAGGGGAGCGUUGGGGGGGGGAUGCGGAGCCGGCCGAUCGGAGUGGUCGUUCUCUCUGACGACAUUCGGCGCGCCCGCCUGGCCCCUGCUCCCCUCCUGCGCCCGUCCAUCCCCCGGCGGCUCCGGCCGACACCGCGCCGAGGCCGUGGCGCCGCUGUCGCCACCGGGCCGGGGGACCGGGCCCCUCGCAUGACGCUUCUCUUACCGUCCUGGCACGCCACUACACCGGGACCGGGGUUUACGGCGACCUCUCGUCCCUCUCCAUCUCUUUUCUCACCCGUCCGCUCUCUGCAGAGAUCAGCGGUGUGUGUGGCGAUCCCAUCGCCCUCGCAAAGAGAAGAUAAUACAGACGUGC